AAUGGGUCUGCGGGCACACUGACGGUCACAAAUUUUUUGGCCCGGGACAACAACUUUUUUUUUCUGAAUUCAGAAAAGUCCGUUGAUAUCCACAUUGUUUGCUGCGCGCGUUCGUCCAAGAAUUAAUAAAUAAAAUAGGUUCAAUAAAUUUACGUUGGGUGCUCAAAAAAAUUUGUCCAUGCACAGAAUAACAAUUUAAGCAAUUGAUUUUGAAAUUGUCGCGUCGUUGGCGCCGGGCUGUGUAUCGUGUGUUUUUAAAUAUUUUUUUUAAAUAUACAUUUUGUGAAAACAUUGAAAAUCCAACCAUGCCAUUGGCGCCGCUGCGCUAAAGUCUAUCAAACACAGAUUACGCGAAAAGGUGGUGCAAAAAGUUGCCUCGAGUGCUAAUUAAUAACCCAAAAAUAAUACAACAAAUACCACAAGAUCCAUAACUUAAUAAGUUUAAUCAACACACACACACACAUCCACACAAAAAAUGGGCAAACUGCUGAGCCUGCUGUCACGCGAUGACUCCAAUUGUUGCGCCGCCAAAUCCUACGAUGUCUUCCUGGACUUUGAGAACGCCGCGCCCACAGAGACAGAGCGCGAGGUGUACGAUGAGGUGGAGCGUGUGCUCAAGGAAUCGGAGGUGGUGCUGGAGGAAAUACAGAUCUAUCGGGGUGCCGGCAAGGAAAUCCGCGAAGCCAUAGCCGAUCCCUCGCCCGAGGUGACGGGCAAAGCCUGGUCCGCCGUACUGCCGCUGGUCACCAAACUGAAACGCUGCUACGAGCACUCCAUGGAGCUGGACAAGAUUGUGCCGAAGCUGCUGGGCCAACUGGUCGGCGGCAAGUUGAAUCCAACGCAGCAUUUGGAGACACAGCAGGCCCUGGUCAAGCAGCUGGCCGAGAUUUUAGAAUUCGUAUUGAAAUUCGAUGAGUACAAGAUGAAAACACCCGCCAUACAGAAUGAUUUCAGCUACUACAGACGCAUCGUGAGCCGCCAGCGGGUGGACUCCACCGAGAACAUGAUGGUCAGCACGGAGCUGGCCAAUCGCAUGUCCCUCUUCUAUGCCCAUGCCACGCCCAUGCUCAAGGUGCUGAGCGAGGCGACAUCGAAGUUUGUUAACGACAAUGCCGACGAUGUCCAAAACACAACGGAAACACUGGGCACCAUGGCCAAGGUGUGCCUCAGAAUGCUGGAGAAUCCGAAACUGCUGCAACAGAUCGAGCGGGAAGAUACGAAAAUGCUGGUGCUGCGUGUGAUGGUUGGCCUGGUCAUACUCUACGAUCACGUGCAUCCAGUUGGGGCAUUCGUGCGCGGCGCCCACGUGGAUGUGAAGGGCUGUGUGCGACUGCUGCAGGCCCAGCCAGCCAUCAAGGCGGAGCCACUGCUCAAUGCCCUGCGCUACACGACGAAGCAUCUGAACGAGGAGAACACGCCGAAGAACAUACGCAAUAUGCUGGCUGCAUAAUAUCGGCGGGGGGGAUAGGAUAGAUGCAGAGAGAAAGAGUUCAUUAACGUUAAUUUGUAUUUUUAUUUGUAUUUGUAUUUGUAUUGAUUUAAAUGGUUUUAUUUAUGUAAUUACACUAGGCUUCUGUAUUAUUUGUAAAGAUUGUGUGUGCGAUGCGAGUGUUGUGCAACCAGGAGGCAGCCUCUAGUUUUAUUAUUUUUUUUUUGUUUAAUUAUGUAUGCAUUUCGAGCACGUGUAUUUUUUCCGUAUUGUAAUCUGUGUUUCGUAAUGCUUUAGCGUGCCUCCCGCAACGUGACGACGACGGACUCGGACGUAAAUAUCAGCAGCAGCAGCAGCAGCAUCAGCAGCAGCAACAACAACAACAACAACAAGAACAGCAACAAUAUUUAGUUAAUAAUCUAGCACUAAUGUUAAGCAAUGAAGAACCGCGAACCCUAUUAAUCUAACGAAAAAUUAGCGCAAAGUUUAAACCGAUGUAUGGUAUGAGAUAAAUCCUAAAUUUCACUACAAAAGAAAGCAGAGAUUAUAUAAAUAUAAAAGGGAAAGAAGGAAAUCUUUUAAAUCAAAUCUAGAGUAUUUUUUUUGUGCAUGGUGUACGAGCGAGAGAUAAAAAGGAUAGAUACGAUACGAGUAGAUGUGCGAUGCGAGAGAGUAGAACCAAGUGUAAAGAUACAAAUAAUUCAUAAAUUAAUUGAUUACUAUUCUAAACAUAAUGAAUGCCUACCAAAACUGAACCACACAAGCAGAAAGCAGAUGCAUUUAUAUACCGAGUAUUUCCACGCCGUCAACUUUGAUAAACGUACUAUUUAAAAAAAAAAAAAAACAAAAAACAAAAAAAAACAAACAAAUCUACAAAUUACAAAAUUCAUGAUACAAUGAUAGAGACAAAAGCUGCGCAAUAAUAAUACUUUUUAAGAUUUACAAAAUAGACAUAAACGAAAUGAAUGAAAUGGCAAAACUUAACGCAUACAAUUUGUACCAAAAAAGAAUGAGCAAAUCACACAAAACUAAAAAAUAAAAACUAAAUAAAGAUAAAAGAUUUAUAUA